AUGGCAGAGAACGUCUUCGUCGGUAGACCUUCGAUUCGAGCAACUCCCAAGUACACUCACGUCAAAGUACCGGAGUUCAUUGUCCCAAGAGCGCCCGAGAAGUCCUACAGAGAGCUCGAAGCAGAAUUUCUCGAUCGCGCUGCGGCGAUGGGCAGAGACAUCUGCGUCAAACACAAGAACACUCGCAAUACCCUUGAGCGUGUUGAGUACGACGAUGAUGGCCCGUGGGACCCGGCAGCGGCCAUCGUGGCUGGAGACGAGGUGCUUCUAGCAUCUGAUGUGGAGCAAACGACCAACCACAAAGAAGACGAUACCGUGGCAGGAGCUUCUGAAGAUGGAAGCAAAAAGGAAAACAGCACCCAGCGGCCCAGUCAGCAGACAGUCAACCCCAAGAGCUCUCAACUCACAUCUGCACGCCGUGGUCGAAAGCGUAGCGCGUCCGCGGACUCCAGUGAUCAAGAUACCAAGCGCGUCAAGCCGUCACCGUCCGAUAGGGCCAGCGUGGCUGAUGAGGCAUUGGUCACUUCCUUCGAAGCACCAGAUGGGGCUACGGCAACGACAGGCCUUUCCAAGCAGAUCCCUGCUAUCAAAAUCGGCGACAACUGA